AUGCACGCAUUACCAGAAGAAUUAGAACGAGAAGCAGACCAGUACACAAGAAAGAGAAGCAAUUUUCUGAUUAAAAUGAUAAUGAGAUACGAUGCAGACAAAGCAGCCACUUUGUACGGGCAGGCAGCCCAUGCAUACUCCAGGGAUGGAAACCACGAAAAAGCAGCAGAGCUCUACACCGCAUCCGCCAACAUUCUCAUAGAAACAAAAGAAGAAAGCAACAAGUACGAAAUAUUCUCGUAUUUAGAAAAAAGCGCAGAGGCUUUCCUGGCAGAUGAUAAGAAAGAGAUGGCGAUAUCUGUCUAUAAAAAGGCCCUGAACGAGAUAUCAAUAAACUCGGAAGACAGCUCAGUUGUUGCAUCGCUUACAGCAAAGAUCGGAGGGCUGCUGCAGGAGGUAAACCAGGAGCAGGAAGCGCUGCGGUACUUCUACAAGGCAGCGGAGGUGUACGGAAGAUCAAAAAUGCACAUCAACAGAAGAAACAUCCUCAUGCAGUGUGCCGCUGCCGAGAUAAGAUUCAAAAACUACGAAAAGGCGCUGGAGCUGUACAAAACGCUUUCAAAUGACAAGUCAGAAAUAAGCCACGUCCUAGAAAAAACGAGCUUUCUAUUUCUUGGAGUCCUGUGCGGGAUAAUACUAGAGAAAACAAAAGAUGCAUACGAGCUCCUAAACCAGAUAGAUGACACAGGCUCAGAGUCGCAGAUAGCGUACAAGAUGCUGGAUAUAAAAACAAAAAGAACAACAGACCAAGACGAUCUCGAGAAGACCAUCGAGUAUUUCAAAAAAACAAACAAACUGCCAACAGAGGUUCUUAUAGCCAUGCACGACGCACAGGUGGCCAUUGACCCAAACAAUGACAUACUGUAG